ACUUAUUUAUUCUCCGAGUCCAGCCCACCGCUCAGCUCGUUGUCAAAAGACUGCCCGUAGGUCUACAGUACCGUUGCUUGACUACCCAGACUCGUUGCUCUGGACAAACGCUACGCCUUACCCACGUUUAAGUAGCGAAAGACUGAGCAGCGGAAGAAUUUAGCGUGAAGGCUUGUACAGUAGCCUAUUUGCGGAGUGGGAUUGCAUAGAAGCGGAUGAGAGGAGUUGCAAAAAUACUUGGUUGUUUUAUUACGACAAGGAUCGAAAUGAUCGUUCUGCUUUUAUGUAUUCUGUCGGUUUUGACCGUGGUUUACUCAUGUGAUCCAGACACACAGUACAUGAAGAAUGGGGUGUGUUGCAGUAUGUGUGGGCCAGGCACCAAGAUGUUAUCCAGCCAUAGCGGUUGUUUAGAUCCACAUUGUAUGCCAUGCCAAGAGGGUGAAUACCAGCAUGCAUUCACAGACAAGAACCUCUGUAAACUGCAACCAUACUGCGACCCAAAUAAAAACUUUGAGCACAGUACCAAUAGGAACACGACAAGCCUCAGCCCAUGCAAAUGUAAGAUUGGAUACCACUGUUCCAGUGAAGAGUGCCUGACAUGUGUUCCACAUACUAAAUGCAGACCUGGAGAAGAGGUCAAAUUCAAAGGUAACCCCAUACAUGACACGGUGUGUAAGGCCUGUCCUUUAAACAUGUUCUCCAGUGACAGCUCUGCCGAGAGCAAGUGCAAGCUGUGGACAGUUUGUACGUCUGAAUUCAAAACUGAAGCCAAAGGGACAGCCACCUCAGACACGGUCUGUGUGCCAGUACCCAAUUCCCAUGGAACAAUAAUCACAAUUGUAAUGGCCUUCCUUGCAGUGGUUUUGGGUGUUGUCCUGUGGACAUUUAGAGGUCAACUCGGAGAGGCCUGCAAGAAAGCAAAUGAAUCCUGUAUGGACUUGAAUCUUAAGAGAGAAACUAAGAGGGCUACAGCAGACGGAAAUGCAGAAGAGGGAAACGCAGGACCUGAAGAGGGGAGGGAACAACUUCAACCUAUAUUCCAAUUUGAAGAGUCACCAUCAACACUAUACCCAUCAUUGCCAGGUCCUCAAAUACCAGAGGAGGUUGAAGCUAAAGACAUGUCUGAAAAUGGACAAUUGGUGGUGCAGGAGGAGGGUAAAUCUCACCAUCUUUCUGUUUCUGAUACACAAAGUGUAUUUUAUGAAUAGCUAUAGUUCACAUGACCACCUGGCUUCACCUAUUGCUUAACAUGAUAAACAACAGCCAGGUUUGUGCAUUAAUUAAUACAGUAGCGGCGUGUGGGUAAAAUCACUGGGGAAGCCAAGCCAGGAACAAAGGUCAUACUACAACCUAUGUGGUGAUAAUUGCAUUGUUUGCUCUAUACCCAUUAGUUCAUACACCACCGUGAUAUACAAUAAGACUGUGACAACAAGAAGACAACAGUCACACAGUGGUGGAAUAAAUUAUGUGACACAUACGUUUUGUUUCAUCACAAGACCGGAGAGCAACAUCUGACCCAUUGAAGUCCACAAAGCAUAUUGCAUGUAACAAACAGUUGCCUACAGCAUGGUCAAUAAAGUUUUAUGUUUUCGACAGUUACUAAAGAGCUACUGAAUUAGAACCACAGAAUUACCUCAAGUCACUACAAAGACAACAGGAACACUGUCCCCGCUAUUCCAGCACCAUUUCAACUUAAAACAUUUAAACAUCAUCAAUCAAGUCUAUAUAUGCUUAGUUUAAUACACUGAAAACAAACUUAAAAAUACCAAAAACAUUUUAGUCCAAUCAAUGUUGCUAAAUAUAAUUAUGGCUGUGUGUGUGUGUGUGUGUGUGUGUGUGUGUGUGUGUGUGUGUGUGUGUGUGUGUGUGUGUGUGUGUGUGUGUGUGUGUGUGUGUGUGUGUGUGUGUGUGUGUGUGUGUGCGCGCGCGCGCGCGCGCAAGUGGGAAAAAAAUAAAGUUCACUCACCCUAAUUGUAGAUUAGUUGAACGCCAAUGCCAUCCUCUCUUUCAUGUUGGCAAAACGUUCUAUGGCUUUGUCAUAUAGUAUGCUUUUAGUUUUUAUUUUCAUAGGCUACCUAGAUAAAAUGCUUGCUAUCCUAACUUCCUCACAUGGGCAACAAUGCUUGAUAUGGUUGAAUGUUCUGUAAAUUGUUGUAAAAAGUAUUGGUUGCUGUAUUCUGUUAGAGAAGAUGUUCAUAAGCACACUAGAGAAUGGCUGUUUUGUUAUGUCGUUCUGUUUUAAUUACUCUCCUUUGCAUUAAACUAUCAAAAAUAAAUGCUACUGAGUUGUUCAUAAGGACAAUGCCCAUUCAAAUUUUAAAUGUCUAUUUUGUUUUUUAUUAAAAACCAAGAGACUA